GUCCUGAUCCUUCCACCCCCUGCCCGUCUUUAUCUAUCCCUUAUCUAUUAUUUUUAUUUCUCUCUCUCGCUCUCUCGCUCUCUCCGCUCGCUCUCUCUCUCUCAAUGUAGGGGAUUUUGUUUUGGAAAAAGAUUUAGGGUGUGUCCUCAGUCUUUCUCAGCCUGGCGUCUAGCUUACCUGUGUCAACAUGGUGACGGCGCCAGGUGUACUGACGACCCUUGUGUUAACAGGGUUGUGUGUCCACCUCACAGGAUCAUCUAGAGCCGUCUGUACCACCCGUCUGUAUUCCCUGAACUUAAACUGUGUCCUGCAGUGGGAUUGUCCACAGGCGAAUGCUACCACCACCUACACCGUCCAAACUAAGACUCAGGGUGAUUCGUGGCAGGACGUGGAGAGUUGUGUGCGGUUCUCCUCCCAGCUGUGUGACCUGUCCGAGGCCUUCUCUAACUUCGAGGUGUACAACAUGAUCCGCCUGGGCCUCCACCAGGGCCCGGGGAGUCCAGUCUGGACAGAAAAUCUGGGGUUUGGCGUCCGUGAUUUCAACUUCAGCAGCCCCUCUGUCUUGGUCUCUCUGUCUGGAGAGAGGCUGGGAGUGGAGGUGCACUUACCUUGUUCUAGCAAAAGGGAGUGUCUUCCUCUGCAGAGUUGCUGUCCACUGUCAAAAUUUAUUGACCUCUGGGUCACCGUGACAGUAUAUGACCGACAGAACCCCUCUGACUACAAGACGCAGAUUGGUUUGGUCCAGACGAUGGUGUAUGGGGCAGAGUUCUCAAACCUGGUCCCAGGACAUGACUACUGUGUCGUGGCUAACUUCUCCACCAGUCCGGCCACCUUCCCCCAGGCCUCGUCUCCUCCCUCGGACCCCAGUUGUGUCCACCAUGCUGGCCCAGGACUAGGGUUGCAGCCAGUGUUGUUGGGGUUAGGAGUGUGUGCUGUACUCUUCUCUCCUCUCCUUGCUCUGGCUCUGUACCUGCUGAAACAAAAACGAGAUGUACCACACGUAAACAGACUCCCCAAGUCUCUAGCAUCUCUUCAGGCAUUCCUCGAGGACCUGCCGGAGUCCCCUUCAGACCCUGUUGACCCCAGUGACAUUGUAGACGACCACCUCUCCAUCCUGUCCUCUUUCUCCAGCUGUGUCUGCACCGAGGCCCAGGCCCCAAGCCUGGGUAAUGGGUACAACAGCAACCCCUUCCUCAGUGACUAUAGGUCAGGCAACAUGCACUGGAACACUGAGAGAAUGGAGCUGGACCUAAACUCAGCCAGCACCAUAUCCCUGCCAUGCUCCACUGUGCCUAUAGGCCUGCAUAUGAUCCAGUGCAGCUUUGAUUCACCUCGACAACCACAUCCAGGGCCCAAUGUGCCAGUUCUACCGUACCCUGGUUCUUUAUCUUUGUCAGAGGCCGUGGAGGGCCAGGUGGUCCCGCUGUGUUCUGUGAGGUUUGGGAGGGUGAGUGAGGGGGAUGGGGGUGAGAACCUUGAGGGACUACAGUGGUGUAACCUGUAGCAUGUUGCACUGCAGUACUCACAAUGCCAUGUUUAACAUAUUCCUAUGAACUCCACAGUGCUGAGAGGAGUUCAAAAACUUUAUUGACCAUUUUUGUUGAAAAUUGAAUUUUUUUUCCCUCAGCUUACAGACAUACAUUUUCAGUUCCAACAGGACUGUUGUAUGGUCCAGCACCUUACCAAGGUCAACCAUAACAGGGACAAUACUGGACGGUGCAAUCAUAAACACAUACACUCUUAGAAAAAAGGGUUUCAAAAGGGUUCUUCGGCUGUCCCCAUAGGAGAACCCUUUUCGGAACCAAAACUAUUCUUCCUGGAACCAAAAAUUGUUAUUCAAUGGGUUAUCCUAUGGGGACAGCCGACAAACCUUUUUAGGUUCUAGAUGGCACCUUUUUUUAUUUAUUUAUUUUUCCUAAGGGGGGUUUAUUAUUCUGACUCCCCUUUUAAAUGUCCUUUGUCUACUGUGCCAAGUCUGUCUUUUCUGCUCUUUUUCUGUGUCAUAAUAGGUUGUUCUCCCCCCCUCUCUCUGCCUUGGUUCUGACUCACUGUUGCCCCAUCCCAUCUCUGGCCUGACCCCCACUCUCUUUCCUGUGUCUGACAUCUCAUUCUGGGGGAAGAGCGCAGAGGGUAGGGGAACAUCUCUCUCCUGCCUCUCAUUUCACUGGUGGUGCACUUUUUCCGGAACAUUAGAACAUUCGGGGGGGAGAGACAGAGGAGACAUUGGAUGGGAAACAGUGAUUGGCCCUAUAGUUCUGGAAACCACAUAGCCUGCGUAUGGCUCAUAAUAAUAUCACUGUCUGGAGGAUUUUGAUUCAUGUUGUUGGUCUAAUAUUGGGGUUGGAUCAUGAGUCCAAACUAAGCCGUGUGUUUGCCUGCCAAUCAUAAAAGUUACUUCUCAGGCAUCCAACAGGUAUCGCAUCUAACCUUGAACUUUGGUUUUUGGAGCAAACUUUGGUUUUUAUGGGUUCUGCUGUAUUUGCAGUCAAUUCACCGGAAACCUGAUCCAAAAUGGUCGCUUUGUGGCUCACUCUUCACUGGUGUGUGCUGGCUAGCUCUGCAGCUGAGCCCAAAAAUGUCUUAUAUGCUGCUGCAUAAAUGAUGUAAUAUGCCAGGGAGAUAUGUAUACCGUAGCUAAGAAAGUAAUACUAAGUGUAUGAAAUCAUUUGCUAAAUUUUUCCCUCUGAAUUUUCCAUUCUGUUCUGACUUCGUGGUGCACAUGUAGCCUAUAACCUGUUUUUGAGAAAUGUAAUCAUUGAAUAUUGUAAGAGCUUUCAUUGUCUGCUUAUAUGCCCCCUUUAUUUAUCCUAAAAGUUCUGACUUGGUGUACAGGGAGAAUACCUUAAGAACGCCCGUGUUCUGAAUUCUGUCACUGUACAUUUCAAAAGGGUUAUAUCUCAACAAGUAGUUAUGACUACAUCCAUCCUAGCUUAGUCAUACAUUUAUAAAAAAAAGAAAAUCAAAAUCACAGAUUGCCUCUCAUCCACUUGUCCCCUUAUGCCAUAGUUUGUAUAUCUCAAUUGUCAGUUAAGCAAGCUGACAUUUUUUUUUUUUUAAGCAAGUCAGCCAUGUUUAUUUUAAAUGAAGUAAAUGAGGCUGAAUGAAUUGUUUCGCUGGCAGACAAGGCUCCGCUGAUAGCCAGGUGUAGCAGUGGUAAGGUUUUGGGACAGCUUUGUUUGUCACUGUUAUAGUGCAAUUAAUGUAUUGUUCAGUGUUGAGGCUUUGCUGGCAUGCAUCCCACAUUUUCUUUGUUUGUCCCCCAACCAAGAUUUACAUGCUAAAAUCGCCACUGUCAACAGUGUGACCUUUUCGAAAAUGACUUAUUCAUGGGUCAGCUGAAACAGUCUGCUAGUGUCUGAAAGUGAAUACUUGCUUUCCAUUCGGGUGCAUCCUGUUCUGUGAAUGUCAAGUUUCAUAUUAACCAGAGAGGAGGGUGAAGAUGCAUAUGUGAGCACAGCAGAGCUUGAAAAAAACCACCACCCACAAGCCUAAUAAUAACUGCUUGAAAUGAGCAACAAUGAGAUCAGCUUGAAGACUUUGUUGUGUAAUGCUAGAUAAGUGUAAUUGCUGAUGUUCUUUAUGUAUAGUUCCCAUUCCAACACCAUAAGGAAAUGUAAAUUGAGUGAACAAUAAAUGUUUGACAUUUUGAAGUGUUUAUGUACAAUAUCUUGCUUUUUUCAUUUCUUAACCAGUUACAAAUGGAUUACCUUUAAAAAAAUACAAUGAGUACUACUCUUCUUUUGUACAUAAAAUUAAAAGCAACUAAAGGGUUGUUAUAAUUCCACCUGCGAUGGUAAAUUCAUAGUCCUGGUACCUUAAAAUGCAAUGUGUAGUAGUGUCAUGUUUUGAGGUAUAAGAAAGAUCUGUCUAAAAAGCAACUUACAAAGAUCACAAUAGUAAAGUCUAUUCCCUUCAAACAAAUUGUUGCUCUUGGUCAGGGUGUCAGAUCAAACAUGACAGAACCACACAGGCAUUAUCACACAUCUAACCACCUGUCAUCUCCAGCGUCUUCGACUGACCUAGAUUUAGGAUGAAACCAACGUGUUCUAAACUAAAUGGCCCUUGUAUGGUGACGGGGUUUCAAAAGUAAUCUUGUUGGAAUACAACGUAUUUUCGCUAGAAAUACAAAAGCCAGAAACAGCAUGUUGCCCUUUAUAACCAUGAUAAAUGACAUUCAGCUCUACAUAAAGACCUGGUGAUUCAUCUCUUACACAGGAUAAACUCACCCCAUCAUAACCAUCCCACUAUGUGUUGCUGCUCAAUGGAUAUAGCCGGCCAUACAUGUUAAUCAUGUACGUUAGCCAUUAUACCACACGUCCCAACAGAUUAUUUUGGGAAUGUGAUGUGUGUAAACACACUAAAACACA